CUUGCUGGUGAGUUUCUGGAACCCGAAUGCAUCAGUCCCACGUUCUUGACCUGUCAUCCCAGUAUAAUGAGUCCGUUGGCUAAAUGGCAUCGCUCGCGUCCAGGACUAACUGAACGUUUUGAACUGUUCAUAUUGCGCAAAGAAAUUUGCAAUUCAUACACAGAGUUGAAUGAUCCAGUUGUACAACGAGAACGUUUUGUGGAACAAGCAAGGGUGAGUACUUUUGUGCCCUACCGUACAUGUUAUGCGGCAAAUGGUUCACAGUUCCAGUCGUUUCAUGCAGCCAAUAUUUGGGCAUGUUUUUUCCGUUUGCUUUUGUUCAAAUUUCUUUCUGGCGGAUCGGUCAACUUCACGAAUGUCACGGAUCUUCUUGGCUAA